AAAUGCCUCUGGCGGGACCCGAACCUGCGACCUCUCGCUGUCAAGGCGAAACAAGGUGUCCUCCUUGCACAAGACGGUUUUACAUAAUGUGGGGUAGCCAUUACGAAGCGACAGUUUAAAAUGAAUUUCAUUAAAAAAUACAAAAACAAACAUAUUAUGCAAUCACAAUUACUUCUUUGUGUUUUUGUUUAUUUAAACAGGUUUACUGACAUUAAAUGACGGACUUUGUCGUCUACAUUUUCCCUCUCAUCGGGCUUAUAAUUUUGAUCAUAAGCUGUUGCUGCUCACAUAAGAGUAAAGAAUGUCCAGAUGAUGACACUGAAAGUGACAAUCAAAUCAGUUACGAUACUGUUGCAGGUCUGUCGAAUAAUGGCCACACAACUGUUAAUAUCCACUUGAGUCAAAGAGUUGAAUCACCAGACCCAUCGACAUUUACCGUCCCACCCUCCUACGAAGAUGCAGUUUCAAUGGGUACAGAAAACGAAGAAGAUGUUGUUUGUAGGCCUAAUAGAAAUGGUGAAUUAUCACAACCAGAGCCUUUGACCCCACAGUCUCCUCCACCUUCAUACGAUACGAUCUUGUUUGACCGUCUCUUAUCGGGUUUACCAAUCCUCUCACCAGAAUUUUUUGGAGAUGUGACGUUCAAAUUUAGCUGAGAUGAGUUUAUUCAAUAAUGACAAUAAUAAUAAUAACUAGAAUAUGAUAUUUAAAUUGCUUUUUGUAUAUCGGAAUAGUUAAGUUGUUAGUUUUCAAUUUGAAUUUCGAAUGUGCGGACGCAUAUUCAAUAUCAUUGCUAUAUUCUUUUUCAUAAACUCUUGAAUUGUCUGGUAAUCGUAGUGUUUAAGUUAGCUAUAAUUUUGAUCUGAUUUUUUUGAUCAUUUGUUUGAUCGUUUCGAAUACGAUGAUAUUAAACAUUGUUUGCAGUUUCAUCACAGAUAGUAUAUGUGUAAGAAAUAAAAUGUCGUUCUUGCCCUCUUAAAAUAUCUCUUAUGCUCCAUGAUAUUCGUCCAUUAAAAUGUCUGAGAUUGCAAACAUAUUGUUCUCACCAUCUAUUACUCAUAUAUUUGAGUAAAUAUGUUUUUUUCUUCAUGCCCAUAUACGGAUACAUCACAUUUAUUUGUCACAUAAAAUGUGUAAGUCUGUACAGAGGUUUAUAUUGCUCAGCCAUAGUUUUAUGUCAGCUACAAUAAAGUGAUAAUAACCAUACAAUAGUAAUAAUAAAAUUAAUACUAUUUAAAACUAAGCACAGGAAUUGAAAAGAUUAAUAAUGAAUAAUAUUUUUAUACAUAAUUUUCAAAAUUAGUAGACACAUUUAUAACUUGCUAUAUUUAUUAUACACUUCUUUUCGAAAUAUAUGAGGAAAAUCUUUUGAAUUAUUCUCCUUAGAAUCAGACAGAAACUGAUUUUAAACUUUGUAUACCGAUUAUUACUUGUUUGACUUUUCAUCAGUGUGCAAUAUAUAUUUUGAAAUAAAUUAUACUAAAAAAUA